AUGGCGCGGCAUUCGCCGCCCGUGGACAAAGCUUUGCGCGCAGAGCAGGCAGCCGACACUUGCGAACGCACGGACGACGAGGCAGCGGCAAUGGCGCGCUCGUGCCUGAAAGCUCCAGAGAGCCGGGGCAAGAUGAACGACUUCGCGGCCUCGCAGCGCGACGUCGACAUGGUUGCGCACGGGAGGGCCCUCAGCGCCCAGGGUUUCAACCGAGAUUCCCGCGCAGGCAUUGCCUCUGCUGCUUUGCCGGGGUCGCGGGGCGGCGGCCUCGGGCAGAAGCGGGCCGCCGCCCGCUUCGACAGGUUCGGCCCGCACGAGCGCCGCGUGCUGGCGUGGUUCGAGUACGGCCUGGAGGUGGUGGUUCCCGCGGCCGGCGGCGGCGCCGCGCAUUUGCGCGAGGGCGGGCGCGUGGCAUCCUGGAUGGAGGACGAAGGGCGCGCCCUGUCUCUCCGUGGCGAGCGUACUCUUGCAAGGCUCGCGGCGGGGGACGCCGGCCCGGCGCUGGCGGGGGCCGUGGCAGCGGGUGCGCUCGGCCUGGAGGACGUGAGGCGGGCGCAGCGGUGGCUGCCCGGGCUCUUCGCGCAGCACGCGCGGCUGGCACACUGCGAGCGGCAGGCGCUGAUCCAGGUGCUGCUAGCCGUGGUCGCCGCAGCAGGCGCAGCUGGCGCUCGCCCGCCCCCCGCCGCCCUGGAGUCGGGGGCCUUCGGCGGCGGCGCGGGCGUGGACGUCGCCGGCGAGGUGCGCAUGUACGUGGCCCACUUCUGCUGCAUCUCCUGCCUCGCCGUGCUGAGCCACUUCCGGCGCAGGUGCCCAGGAGUGCGCGUCUACGUCGAGUACGACGACUGUUGGAGGACACGCGCCCUCGACUUGUGAGCAUCCUCCAGGCGGCCUUGGCGACGGACCCCAUCGAGGCCGAGCAGCUCGCCCGCCCAGGACGCCACGGCGGCCUGGAGUGGCCCACAGUUUCCUCGCGGCAGCUGGGCAACAUGCAGCCCGAGCCGCUCGGGCAGCACGCGGUCGCGUCCGCAGGGGCGCGGCGCCGCCGCUCCGUCCGGGACCGGGCGGCCGAGACGCGCGGCAUGGAGCACGCGGCGCGGGCGCGGCCGGACGAAGGCCAGCUCGCGCGGCGGAGCAGACGGGCAGCUUCGCGGAGCGGCGGCCAACGCGGGCGCCACGCUGCAGGUUUUGGACGACUUCGUCGAAAGCCUCACGACCCGCGAGACCGAGCUGGUGCACACCACCGAUCUAGAUCUUCGUACGGCCCAAGUCGACGCUGGAGGUUGCCAGCCCGAACCUCCGCCCUCCAGCUGGACUGCAGCACCACGCCGUUGCUGGAGUAGCUGGGCAUCACCAAGAAGGAGACUCGGCGUGGUGGAUCGUGGAAGGCUGCCCCGAGCCACCCGAACACGCUGGGUGCCCUCACAGCUGCGGAACCCGCUGCCCCGCAGGUCGCAGGCGGACAAACACAUCUCGGUGUCCACGGGCGUGCGGGCCGGCCUGGGCCCCGCAACCACACGGCAGCGGCCCCGUGGCCGCGGGGCCUUCUCUCUCGCAGCUGCCCCGCGCGGAACGUGCCCCUGCGACCGCGCCUCCGCAGGAUCGCGCUGCGGAGAAGGUGCUCGCCGCCGCGCGGAUGCCGACGUGCUCGCCGCCGCGCGGAGGCGCCACGAACGAGGGCCCGGGCGGGCGUGGAGCGCGGCGCGCCCGAGCCCGGGGGCCG